UCGGAUUCUUCAUAGCCUAAAACAACCGUCGGAUCGUCGUCACUCGUCAACCCUUUCCCGGAAGGCCACUCCCAUGGCCAUCAAGGUUGGAAUUCUGUUGUUCCUCGUAUGUUCCACCUUGAUCCCAAUCGGCCGUGGCCUUGCCGAGACUGUCGUUGACGUGACCAAGUUUGGGGCUAAACCCAAUGGCAAAGUAGAUUCCUCAAUGGAAAUGAUAAGGGCAUGGAAUAAAGCUUGCAAGUCACCGGGGCCGUCGGCGAAGCUUCUAAUUCCCCGAGGGAAGUUCAGGACAGGAGAAGUGAUCUUCCAGGGACCCUGCACCGCUAAUAAGCGCGUCACCGUUGAAAUUCAGGGAACUCUUAUAGCGGACACUGACCUCAGCGUCUACACUUCCGACUACUGGAUCUCGUUCGAACAUGUGGAUAAUGUGGUGGUCACCGGCGGCGGAACUAUCAACGGCCGUGGCCAGGCUACCUGGAAAUAUGCCGCCGGCGACACAAUUCAGAACGCCCCUCUUCUCCCUGUCUCUAUGUUGUUCCAAAGCGUGCGGCAUUCUGCCGUGCACCAUCUCAACUUCGUGAACAGCAUGGGAUUCCACAUGAAGGUGACGGACAGCUCGGGGAUCAACGUUUCCCAUCUUCACAUAACCGCGCCAAAGAACAGCCCCAACACUGACGGCAUACAUAUCAGCGAGACCACCCACAUUAACAUUACCGACUCCGUUAUCAAGACCGGCGACGACUGCGUUUCCAUAGGUGACGGAAACACCAACGUUAUUGUCUCCAAGAUCAAAUGCGGCCCCGGACAUGGCAUCAGUAUUGGAAGCAUCGGCAAACGGGCAGAUGAGAAGUCCGUUAAAGGAGUGAGAGUGAGUGAUUGCACGCUAACAGGCACAACAAACGGCGCAAGAAUCAAAACUUACCGGGCAUCACCCAAGCUCCAAGUGUCUAACAUUAUUUUUGAGAAUUUAAUCUUGAAGAAUGUUAAAAGGCCAAUUAUCAUCGAUCAAGACUACAACUCCAAGAACAGAAUACAGCCAUCGAACGUGAAGAUCCGAGAUGUUCAUUUCAGGAACAUAAGGGGAACCACUUCAAGUAAAAAUGCAGUUACGCUGACAUGCAGCAAAUCCAAUCCCUGUGAGGGCAUUGAAUUUGCCAACAUUGACAUUGCGCCGACUCCCAAAGUCCGCGGACUUCUUCCGGUUUCGUGCGUCAAUGCCAAGCCAAUCUUCAAGGGCAAAGUGAAGCCCGCUCGUUGCCGUUGUUAAUCGCACGUACAUGUAAUCCGGCCGGCUCCAGCCAGAACAUACGUACGAGGAAACCAAACAUGAACACUACGUAUCGAUCAUCGAUCAGCAACGUGCGUGCAAUAUAAUGCUCGAUCAUAUCCGAUCCUUAACAUAACCAUAAUGCUUCAAUUCCGGCCUUGAAAUUAAAGUUAGAAUGUAUUCUCCGUGUUAAUAAAUUAAAUUUCCUUCAAUUCAUCAUUCAUAUUUGGCAGGAUUAAUUAUUUGCACUUAUGUUUUGUAGGGGUGUGUAAACUGUAAUUAGCUAAGUAAUGGACCAUUUGUAGGGGCUUGUAAUUAAUUAGCUAAGUAAUUGACCAUCUAUAACUGAACCACAGCAAAUUUUCAAUUUUCAAUUUUUGGUUCGGUAUAUGUUAUGUAGUUCGUUCUAAACAAAAAUUGUCAUAGAUCAUUCCAAUUUUUGA